AAUAUAUACGUAUAUAUACAGCUAAAUAUUCAAAUCAAGCUCCCAACUCAUUUCAAAAUCCCAAAUCCGCGCCACCGCUCCGCCACCGUAACAUAUGGCCCCCUCCACCCCUCCUCCUCCACCGCCGGACACUUCAACCACCGUCACAUCAACCACCGCAACAACAAGACCGCUCUUCCAAUAUCCUCCACGACCCCCAAACCCUCACCCUAUUUACUCGCCGCCGCCGUCAAAUCCUAACCCUAAUUACCCUCAAUUAGCACCCCGCCCCCCUCACCCCCACCCCCACCCCCAGGACCCCCCUCAGCUUCUCUACCCCGUUGCUUCCUCCGGCCGUGGUUUCAUCUCCAGACCUGGAGCCAUGCCUACUGGCCGUCCCUCAAAUCGGCCGCCGUUCGUGUUCCCGUAUCUGGAUCAGGGUCAGCCCAAUUCGGGCUUUGUCAGGCCGAACCACUUACAGCACGCGCUCCUCGGAUCCGGGCCGGGUUCUGCUGCGGCUGCGCCAAUUUUAGUAAAUGGAAUUCCGAUCCCCUCUUCACUCCACCCAAAGGUUGGUCAUCCUUCAGGUUCAAUUUCUGAUAACAAUGGCCAGAAAGAUUUAAGAGAUAGAAACAGGGAUGAUGCUUUUGCAGUUAUCAGAGAUAGGAAGGUCCGAAUAUCUGAUAACGCCUCUCUUUAUAGUCUCUGCCGGUCAUGGUUGAGAAAUAGUUAUCCCGAAGAAAUUCAGCAGCCACUGUACCUGGAAUCUGUUAGAUCUCUUCCCAGCCCUUCGCCCGUAGCUGCGCCAAUCGUAGAUUCACCAGAUAAAACUGCACGAGACAAAGAAGACGAAGAUGAGGAUAAGUAUUCUUGUGAGAAUUUGUCCGAGAAAGAGCUCUUACAAAGACACAUCAAACGUGCUAAGAGGGUUCGAUCACGGCUAAGAGAAGAAAGACUUCAACGAAUUACAAGAUACAAAACGAGACUAGCUUGUCUCUUGCCACCGAUGGUAGAGCAACAGUUCAAGAACGAAUCCGACGCUCCAAACUGAAGAAACCCUCGUAAUCUUUUUGCUUAAUUUGUACAACUUUGAAUUGCUAAUUUUCCUUCACCUACUUAGAGAAGUCUCGGUAAACGGUCAACGGUCAACGUUCAUGACGAGAUUAAAAGCAAUGUGGGAUUGACUCAUCAUAUUUAUCAUUGACCGAAACUUGUGGUGGUCUUGAAUUUGACCAUUCUAGUAUUAUUACUGUGUAAUUUAAAGUCAGUAACAUAGUAUUGAGGUUGUCUUUGUUGUAUAUGUAAGGUUUUUUGUAUGGAAGUUCAUAUCAGUUUGCAUACUUUGACUGGAGAAAUUGAAUUUUAUUUCAGGGAA